AUGGAUAUCCAGACACCUAUCGCUGUGAUUGGCAUGGCAUGUCGCUUUGCUGGGGAUGUUGAUAGCCCGGAAAAGCUCUGGAAAAUCUGUGCUGAGGGUCGAAGUGCUUGGACGGAGAUUCCCAAGUCCAGGUUCAACGUUGACGGUGUUUACCACCCCAACAAUGCCAAACAAAACACGCUCAAUAUCCGUGGGGGACACUUCCUCACUGAAGAUCCUGCCCUCUUUGAUGCGAACUUCUUCAACCUUUCUUCCGAAGUGGCGGCCAGUAUUGAUCCUCAAUUCAGGCUCCAACUUGAAUCUACAUAUGAGGCUUUUGAAAGUGCUGGCUUAACCCUACAAGACGUAGCGGGUUCCAAUACCUCCGUAUACGCGGGCGCUUUCUUCCGUGACUAUAUCGAGGGACACAUGCGAGACCCCGAAACGCUACCCAGAUUCCUCUUGAUGGGUAUUGGCGCCGCGAUGGCCUCGAACAGAAUAUCGCACUUCUACGAUUUGAGAGGACCCAGCAUGACCAUUGACACUGGUUGUUCUACAACGUUGACGGCCUUCCAUCAAGCUUGUCAAAGUCUAAGGACCCGGGAAUCCAAUAUGUCCAUUGUCGGUGGCGCUAAUGUUACGUUCAAUCCAGACAUGUUUGUCGUCAUGUCGUCACUCACUCUGUUAUCGCCUGAAGGAAAGUCGUUCUCGUUCGAUAGUCGCGCUUCUGGGUAUGGUCGUGGUGAGGGUUCAGCCACCGUCUUACUCAAACGUCUUGAUGAUGCGCUCAGAGACGGCGACCCUAUUCGCGCGGUCAUUCGCGAAACGGGUGCAAAUCAGGAUGGCAGGACGGAUACAAUAACGACCCCGAGCGGCGUCGCACAGGAAGAAUUGAUCCGCGAGUGUUACCGUAAAUCAGGUCUCGAUCCGGCGCACACUACGUAUUUUGAGGCUCAUGGUACAGGAACACCCACAGGAGACCCAAUUGAAGCUGGCGCCAUUGCGUCGGUCUUCAAGAACAGUCGGUCGGCUGAUCAACCUUUGAGGCUUGGAUCCGUCAAGUCGAAUAUUGGCCACACAGAGACCGCCAGCGGUCUGGCCAGUAUUAUCAAGGUUGUCAAAGCUUUAGAGAAGGGUCAGAUCCCACCGAGCAUCAACUUCGAAAAACCCAACCCGAAACUGGAUCUUCCGGGCUGGAAGCUGAAGGUGCCCACCGAAUUGGAAACUUGGAACGCCAUUAACGGCAUUCGCCGAGCAUCGGUUAACAACUUUGGCUAUGGCGGUGCAAACGCUCAUGUUAUCAUGGAGGAUUUCGCAAGUUUUGUCACUCAAAGGAAAAUUAACAAUAGGCACGUGUCUACUGUAACGAACGGUAAAUCCAACGAAAACUCGAAUGGAACAAAUGGACAAACAAGUAGGAUUUCUAACGAAACGAAUGAUAACGGCGUUCACGCUGGCAAUGGCCUCUCAUCGCACGUAUUCGUGCUGAGUGCAAAAGACGAGCGAGCAGCUCAAACGAUGAUUGAAAACCUCCAAAGGUACUUAACGGAAGCUCGUAAUAAUAAUGAAGUCGAAGAGCGCACGCUACUCAAACAACUAGCGUUCACGUUGGGUCAGCGCCGGAGUCGCUUCUCCUGGGUGUCUUCAGUUGCCGGACAAAGCUUGACAGGCUUGCUUGGCGCUUUCAGCACUCCUAAGGCAAAGCCAGUUCGCAGCUUAGUCAAUGAGAGGAAGCCAAGGCUUGGUUUUGUGUUCACAGGUCAAGGCGCACAGUGGUGGGCAAUGGGUAGGGAAUUGAUCCACACGUAUCCCGUAUUUCGACAAUCUCUGGAGGAAUCCGAGGAAAUGCUGAAAGAUCUGGGUUCACCGUGGUCGUUACUUGAGGAGCUCACACGAGAUGCUGAGACGUCCAAAGUCAGCGAACAAUAUCUCAGUAUGCCAGCAUGUGUUGCUAUUCAGAUCGCCCUAGUCCAGCUGCUUGACUCAUGGGAUAUCAGACCCUCAGCGAUCACAAGUCAUUCUAGUGGUGAGAUCGCUGGUGCAUAUGCAGCUGGUGCGCUGAGCAAGAAGUCCGCUAUAGCUAUUGGUUUCGCACGUGGUCAGUUUGUCGCCAAAGCAAAAGGUGGGAUGAUUGCUGUUGGUCUAGGGGUCGAAGACUGUGACAAGUACCUCGCCCGAAUCUCGUCUGGUAAGCUUGUCGCUGCAUGCAUGAACAGCCCUUCUAGCACGACUGUUUCGGGUGACGUCCCUGCCAUCGAAGAACUUGAGGCGCUCCUUAAAGCCGAUGAAGUUUUCGCUCGACGUCUCCGUGUUGAUGCUGCUUAUCACUCUCACCACAUGCAGGCAUUCGCUGAACCAUACGAGGCCUGGAUCGCCAAGAACGCGAAGCCUGGUCGUCCACAAAAGUCCGAGAAUGGCCACUUCAUUAGCGACACGCUAAGUGUUGUGUUCUCUUCGCCAACGACUGGUGGGCGUAUUGAGAAUGCUACAGACCUUUGUGAUGCGGGCCACUGGGCGAGGAGCCUAGUCAACCCCGUACGUUUCGUUGAGGCCUUCAAAGACAUGGUGAAUUCAACUAAAUCUGAGAAUGAUGGUGAAGAAAAUGAGGGCGUGGUAGAUAUGGUGUUAGAAGUCGGACCUCACGGCGCUCUUGGAGGUCCCAUUCAAGAGAUCUUGAGCUUACCCGAAUUUGCCGGCCGCAAAGUACCAUAUGCAACAUGCCUUGUAAGAAAAUCAAGUGCUAUAGACACGACACAUAGCCUCGUUUGCGAUCUUUUGCGCAAUGGCUAUCCUGUCAACAUGGACGCUGUCAACUUCCCAACAGGUCGAGUCGGAGUCAAAGUUAUAUAUGACCUUCCCCACUACCCAUGGAAUCAUCAGGUACGAUACUGGUCGGAGCCACGACAGAACAGAGAGCUGAGACACAGGCGCGAAGCACCUCAUGAUCUCCUUGGAUCGUUGGUGCUCGGUACAAACAAUAACGUCCCUUCUUGGAAGAACACUAUCAAGGAAUCCGACCUACCUUGGAUCAGGGACCACACUGUGCAAUCCAAUAUUGUAUAUCCGGGCGCUGGUUUCAUAUGUAUGGCUAUUGAAGCUGCGUUGCAAUCUUGGCCCAAGUCAGGUAGAAAUGUCUCAGGAUAUAAACUCCGUGACGUCGAUAUCCACCAGGCACUGGUCAUCCCGAACGAUUCGGCAGGUAUCGAGACGCAGAUUGAGCUUCGUCCGUGCAGCGAGAAGGCCAUAUACACCAAGGGUUGGAAGGAGUUUGUGAUUCACUCUGUCAGUUUGGAAAAUGAUUGGAUAGAGCUCUGCAGAGGCUUGAUCUCCAUUGAAUUUGAGGUGGAUUCACGUCAGUUCUGGAAUGACAGUAUAGCUGAUGGACAGACAUCUGCGCGUCUUACUCAGCCAGUUCUCCCGGAGGAUUAUCGCAUGAGAGUCAUGCCGCGGGAUAUUUAUGCCAACAUGCGCUCGGUUGGGAUUUACCACGGCCCAAUUUUCCAAAACCUCAAGAGUAUUCGAGCCCACUCCAAGCAGUCUGUCUCGACCUUUGUGACUGCAGACACAGCUUCAAUCAUGCCUUACAACUACCAGCGCGAGCAUGUUGUGCACCCUACCACUUUGGAUUCCGUCUUCCAGAGUGCUUAUACUGCGAUGCCUGAGUCCAGAACCACAAUGUAUUAUGCCCUGGUGCCAAGAUUCAUCAAGUCGUUGUGGAUAUCUCAUAAUAUCGUAAAGGAGCCUGGCCAUCUCUUCAGGUCAUACUCAAAUAUCAUUCGUAAGGAUGGUCAAAGCGCCGAGGUGGAAAUUGUGGUUUGUGAUGACAAUAAAGUGAAGGAUGCAAGCAGUGUUCAUCCUGUCAUGAAGCUAGAAGGGUUUGAACUGCAUUCUCUGGGCAGUUCACCGCCAAAAUCUACUGCUAGCUAUGAGAAUGAGAAGUUCAGUCACGCAGAGUGGGUACCAGAUCUGGACCUAUCGCCUCCGAUGUUUGCGAAACAGCAGUUGAGCCGAACCAUUCCCGCAGGUGAGGCAGAGAUCAUGCUCGAUCUAAGACGAGCAUGCUACUAUUAUGUCCAAGAUGCGCUCAGCGGCAUUGCCGAGGACCAGUUGUCCGGACUCGCGCGAUUCUCUCAAAAGUUCUACACGUGGAUGAAGGUACAAGAACAACUCGCGCAAUCCAACAGGUUAGGGGAUGGAAGUUCGGAGUGGAAAGCGGACAGUACCGCUACCAGAGAAGCUCUCAUUGAAAAGGUGAAAGGCGCUUCAACAAAUGGUGAGAUGGUCUGCCGGAUGGGUCCUCAUAUCUUGUCUAUCCUCCGACAAGACAUCACGCCGCUAGAGCUGAUGCUCGAAGAUAAGUUGCUGCAAAGAUACUAUACUGAUGCUAUAAAGUGGGGUAGGUCUCACCAGCAGAUGGGAACACUGGUCAAGCACUUUUCUCAAAAGAAUCCGAGAGGGAAGAUUUUAGAGAUCGGCGCCGGGACAGGGGGUACCACCAGAAUGAUACUGGCGUCCCUCGGGACAGAUGACUCAGGCUGGGGUCCACUUGCCAUGUCCUAUGAUUUCACCGACAUUUCUUCUGGAUUUUUUGAGGCCGCGCAGGAGAGGUUUGCUGCUUGGAACAGCCUGGUUCGGUACAAGAAGCUCGACGUUGAACACGACCCGGCGGAGCAGGGGUUCGAGCUGGGCACAUAUGAUCUUAUCGUUGCAUCGCAGGUUCUGCACGCGACGAAAAACAUUGAGCGCACCAUGUCCAACGUCCGCCGGCUGCUGAAGCCUGGUGGAAAGCUUUUCAUCAUGGAGACAACACAAGAUCCAAUGGAUUUGCAAUUCGUUUUUGGCUUGUUACCUGGAUGGUGGUUAAGCGAGGAGCCUGAGAGGGAGCUCAGUCCAUCACUUUCCAUUGAGAUGUGGGAUCGCGUUCUGCAUGACACUGGUUUUGGAGGGGUGGAGCUUGAAGCUCAUGACUGUGAAAAUGAAGAAUUUUAUUCAUUCAGUAUAAUCGCCUCGACAGCGCUGGAGUCUUCCACCACGAAUGGCACCACAGAUGUUGCCCAGAAUGUUGUCUUGGUCGUUGGCGAUGACAGUACACUGCAACAGCCUAGCUGGUCCUGGAUCGAGAAGCUACGCUCGGAUAUCUGUCGUAUCAUUGGUGAAACCCCGCCUGUUGAGACGUUGCAGACAGCUUCAUCAACAGAAGGACGAACAUUCAUCUACCUUGGCGAUGUCGAUGGCGUGAGACUUCGAAGUCCAAAUGCCGAAAGCUUCGAGGCUUUGAAGCGUCUUUGUACCAAAUCCAGAAGACUGCUCUGGGUCACCAGCAUGCGCUCGCUUGACGCAUCCAUGAGUAUAGGUCUGCUUCGGUCUGUACGCGAAGAGUAUGCGGGGAAAUGUUUGAUCGCGCUUGACCUGGAUGCUAACCGAGAACCAUGGACAGCGCAGUCAAUUUCUGCAGUAAUAGAAGUUUUCAAUAACGUGUUACUUCGUCCUCAGAUCGCCAACGGGUAUCAGGACUUCGAGUUCUCGGAGCGCGAUGGGUUGAUCCACGUUCUACGCUACUUCAAGGAUGUGGAGAAGAACAAAGCUGCAAUCACACCCUCUGGACCAAAACAGGCAACCCAAAAGGAGCCAUUCUGUCAGCUGGGCCGCCCUUUGAAGAUGCGUGUUGGCACUGCCGGACUUCUUGAUACACUAGCAUUCGAACACGACUUGGACGCAGACAAGGAGUUAUGUGCAAAUCAGCUAGAGAUCGAGCCCCGCGCGUUUGGAGUCAACUUCCGCGAUAUCAUGGUGGCUAUGGGCCAACUCGGACAUGAUAGUACCAUGGGUUUUGAGUGCGCUGGGACCGUUGUUCGCGCCGGUAUCGAUGCUCUGAUCCAGGGAUUUAAGCCAGGUGAUCGUAUCAUGACACUGCUGCAUGGUGACUACGCAAGUCUCAUCCGUGUGCCCUGGACCAACGCAGUUCACAUACCUGACAAUGUCACUUUCGAGGUGGCAUCGACUCUGCCGAUGGUUUUCACCACGGCUUACGUCGCCCUUUUCGAUAUUGCUAGACUAGAGAAGGGCGAAAGUAUCCUGAUACAUGCUGCAACCGGAGGUGUCGGCCAAGCAGCUUGCAUGCUGGCAAAUCACGUAGGUGCCGAAGUAUUCGUUACCGUUGGCAGCGAGCAGAAGAGAGAUUUUGUUGUCAAGACCUACAAUGUGCGACCUGACCAUGUUUUCUCAAGCCGUGAUGCUUCUUUCAGCGCCGGCAUUCUUCGAAUGACAGGUGGGGAAGGUGUUGACGUUGUAUUGAACUCUCUCGCCGGCCCAUUGCUUCAGGAAGGAUUCAAUUGCCUUGCCCGCUUCGGGCGAUUCGUCGAGAUGGGCAAACGUGAUUUCAAGAUCAACAGCCACUUGGAGAUGGCGACCUUCAACCGGGCCGUAUCCUUCUCCCAUAUUGAUCUUCUACAGCUCGAGGCACACAAGGGCAAUCAGAUACAGCGCGUCAUGAGAGAAACGAUUCGUCUCUUCAGUGAGGGACUUAUCACAGCCGUGCAACCAAUAACUGUCUACCCGGUCUCUGAAUUAGAGAAGACUUUUCGUCUCAUGCAGGCGGGCAAACAUAUGGGCAAAAUCAUCAUAUCAGUGGGCCCAGACGAUCUUGUUCCUGUUGUGCCUCACAUGCUUGUUACCAAGCUCAACCCCCAGGCUUCGUAUCUUGUUGUUGGCGGUCUGGGUGGAAUCGGUCGCUCAGUCUGCCAUUGGAUGGUUGAGAACGGUGCCAAGAACCUUAUAGUUCUCUCGAGGAGCGCAAAUUCGAGUCAGCGAACAACCUCGUUCGUAACCGAGAUGGCAGAAGCGGGCUGCAAAGCCAAAGCUAUUAGAUGCAACAUCGCUUACCAAAGCGACCUGGACAGAGCAUUGGAUGACUGCCGAUCUGAAAUGCCACCCAUUCGCGGUGUGGUGCAAGCAGCCAUGGUUUUACAGGAUUCUAUUCUUGAGCAAAUGUCGCUUGCAGACUACCAGGCUGCAGUGAGUCCGAAGGUGGAUGGAAGCUGGAACCUGCACCAGGCAUUUAAUAAAGUCGACUCGCUUGACUUCUUUAUUAUGCUUUCUUCGCUGGCCGGUAUCCUGGGCCAUCCGAGUCAGAGCAACUAUUCUGCUGGGGGUAGUUUUCAAGAUGCAUUAGCCCAUUUCCGCAACCGUCGCGGUCUUCCAGGCGCAGCUAUUGACCUCGGAGUUGUGAGCUCCGUGGGUUAUGUUGCAGAACACGACAACACAUCGGAGCGUCUAGCACGGUCAGGCCACACCAUUCUAAGCGAGGAGGAUGUCCUCAAUGCUAUUAAAUUCGGCAUUAGUUCACCUUUCAGUGGCCAAAUGGUGUUGGGCUUGAAUCCGGGACCCGGGCCGCAUUGGGAGGAGACAGCCAUGGGACGUGAUAUGCGCUUCGCUGCCAUUCGCUACCAUGAACUUGGAUCAAAGACGGAGCGUCAACCCGGCACAAGCGCGGGCAAUGCUUCCGACCUUGGGUUGAGGAUCGCGGAGGCAUCUUCCUUGGAGGAGGCAGCUGACGUGGUGGCGGAUGCAAUUGUCAAGAAGCUCAUGACUAUCUUCAUGAUGCAGCAGUCCGAUAUCCAGUUGAGCAAGAGACUUUCGGAAUACGGUGUGGACUCUCUCGUAGCGGUCGAGCUUCGUAACAUGCUGGCGUUGCGGGCUGGUGCCGACGUUUCCAUUUUCGAUAUCAUGCAGAACUCGUCCAUCUCUAAGCUGGCGAGAGUAGUAGCGACCAAAAGCAGUCAUUUAGAUAGCAGUGUCAUAGUGUAG